AACCAAUCAGAGAAGAUGGCUUGGGUAUGGGAGCUCAUGGUCUCAUGCAGGGACAGCUCUAAGGUUUCGGGAAGCGACACAACCAGCAGGAUACAACCGUACCGGCAAGAAACUGAUAUAAACCAUAUAACUCCCCUCAUUUUGACGACAUCUGCAUCAAUAUGUCCUCACCGCAAGACGAAGAGCGCAGAGUCGCCGAGGCGCGGGCAGCCGUGACGGCAUCGCUCGCAGCGGUGGGCAGCUCCAUCGACAACGACAUGAAGACUCGAGCGGCCGACCUUCACGCGAACGCGGCAUCGAUCGAGAAGCAAGAAAAGCAAGUCGCCAAAGCCACGGCCGCGUUGACCAAAGAGACGGCCAAAUUGCAGAAAAUGGCGGACACCAGCACGAAAAAGCUGAAAGAAAUGGGCGACUUGCAGACAUGGGCGGAGACGAUCGAGCGAGACAUGCUGGUUAUCGAGGAGACUAUGAGGCUGGUAGAGGGGAAAGAAGAUGCGAAUAAUGCGAGCGGAACCAAUAUCACGUCUUCGUGAGCCAAUUUUUGUCGGGCGCAAUGGCAUGGGAGUCUUACGCUUCGAGCCAAGUGCAUGCCGCCUAGACAGUGACGGGACAAGCGAUUCCGACGAAUAUCAGAUUGAGUACAACUGUAUAAUCAGCACCAGAGUAGGAUCAACAUUUCUUCGAGGAUGGGUUAUCUCGGAGUUCGGCGGAGGGAUUGUAGGUAGGCUGCAGGAAUUCAUCAAUAGGCACCUGGGUCCAUGAUCCAUCGGAUUCUGGUGGUAGGUGACGCAAGGGAGCGGUAUACUUGUAUCUUAAGUUAGAGCGACAGAAAAUGAGUUCAGUUGAAUGGUCCCGGAUGAUGUACUCGAGUUGCCGAGCGAUGUAUUGAA